AUGGCGGCCUCCUCUCUUCUCCGAUCUUCACCUUUCUUCUCCUCUCCCCAACAACGAAACCCCGGGACCAUCAACAAUAGCCCUAGAUUCCUUACAGUCAAGGCUACAAUCUCAUCUUCGGACAAAUCAGUCGACACAACGCCAGUCAUCAAAUCCCACCGCCGCCCUGCAGAUGAAAACAUCCGUCAAGAAGCCCACCGCCGCUGCUCCACCGAACCGAAUAACUUCUCUGCCAAAUACGUCCCAUUCAACGCCGAUCCUGGGUGCACGGAAUCCUACUCGCUUGACGAGAUUGUUUACCGAUCCCGCUCCGGUGGCCUACUCGAUGUCCAACAUGAUAUGGAAGCCCUAAAGGAAUUUGAUGGAAAUUACUGGAAAAACCUUUUUGAUGGACGAAUCGGGAAAACAAACUGGCCAUAUGGGUCAGGUGUGUGGUCGAAGAAAGAAUGGGUGUUACCGGAGAUUGAUUCCGAUGAUAUCGUCAGCGCGUUUGAAGGUAACUCUAAUAUGUUUUGGGCUGAGCGUUAUGGCAAACAGCAUCUGGGUAUGAACGAUUUGUGGGUAAAACACUGUGGUAUUAGCCAUACAGGUAGUUUCAAAGAUUUAGGUAUGACUGUUUUGGUUAGCCAAGUGAAUAGGCUGCGUAAAAUGAAUCGUCCGGUGGUCGGAGUCGGCUGUGCAUCCACCGGCGACACUUCUGCUGCGCUAUCCGCUUACUGUGCAUCUGCAGGUAUUCCAAGUAUCGUUUUCUUGCCUGCUAAUAAGAUCUCAAUGGCGCAAUUAGUUCAGCCCAUUGCAAACGGAGCGUUCGUGUUGAGUCUCGAUACCGAUUUCGAUGGUUGCAUGCAAUUAGUCAGGGAAGUAACUUCUGAAUUACCGAUUUAUUUGGCUAAUUCGUUGAACAGUUUGAGGAUAGAAGGGCAGAAAACAGCCGCGAUUGAAAUCUUACAACAAUUCGAUUGGGAAGUACCCGAUUGGGUGAUUGUUCCCGGUGGGAAUUUGGGUAACAUCUAUGCUUUCUACAAAGGAUUUCAUAUGUGUAAAGAAUUGGGAUUAGUCGACAGGAUUCCAAGGCUUGUUUGUGCUCAAGCUGCAAACGCAAAUCCUCUUUACCUCCAUUAUAAAUCCGGAUGGACUGAUUUUAGUCCAGUGAAAGCAAAAACUACUUUCGCUUCUGCUAUUCAGAUCGGUGAUCCUGUUUCAAUAGAUCGUGCUGUUUACGCACUCCAAAACUCAAAUGGGAUUGUUGAAGAAGCUACUGAAGAAGAACUGAUGGAUGCCAUGGCUCAAGCUGAUUCAACCGGGAUGUUCAUCUGUCCACAUACUGGUGUUGCUUUAACUGCUUUGGACAAACUUAGAAACAGUGGUGUGAUUCGUCCUACUGAUAGGACUGUUGUGGUGAGCACUGCACAUGGGCUAAAGUUUACUCAAUCCAAGAUCGAUUACCAUUCCAAAGCCAUUCCAGAAAUGGCUUGCAGGUUAGCUAAUCCACCUGUGAAUGUGAAGGCUGAUUUUGGAUUAGGUGUUGUUCUUAGUGGUGAUAAAUGUUUUGGGAAAAGAGACGGACAGACUGUUGUGUGGAAAUGGUUCUCUGCUUCCGGCGUUCAUCUUAUUAUGAUUAUUAGGCAUGGAUGUUACCAUCUGAUAACAAAACAGAAGAUCCAACAAUAUGUGGGGUUUUGCUUCAAACGCCAUUGCAGUGGAGAAGAAGGUUUCGAGUGCCCAAUUUGUUGGGAAUCCUUCAACAUUGUAGAAAACAUACCCUACGUUUUAUGGUGUGGUCACACCCUCUGUAAAAACUGUGUUCUUGGCCUCCAAUGGGCUGUUGUCAAGCUCCCAACUCUCCCAAUUCAACUCCCAUUCUUCAUAUCUUGCCCAUGGUGCAAUCUUCUAUCUUUUCGCCUCGUUUACAAAGGAAACCUAAAGUUUCCUAGAAAGAACUACUUCCUUUUAUGGAUGGUUGAAAGCAUGAAUGGUGACAGAAUCAAGUCGCAUUCCUCCUGCCCGGACCACCACCUGCCGCCAGUAACCUCCUGGUCAUGGAACCGUGGUUGGGCGGCUAACCGCGGGAGCUCCGCCGUGGGCCCGUGUACGCGUGAGUCUGAUCAUAAUAGUCAAGAUGCUAGUGGGACCCAUUCAAACUCUGAAAGAUUGCAGUCUUCGAUCCGUAAGUCACUGAUCUUUUUUGUUCACUUGACAGCUAAGUUUCCGUUGGUGUUUAUAUUUCUGCUUAUUGUGCUUUAUGCGAUCCCUGCAAGUGCGAUCAUCUUGGCUGUGUAUAUUCUGAUUACAAUUCUGUUUGCUGUUCCUUCUUUUCUUGUUCUGUAUUUUGCAUAUCCUAGUCUUGAUUGGCUGGUAAGGGAGAUUAUAAAUUAG